AUGUCAAGCACCAGAAGCUGCGUUGGUUGGAACGUGUUACGUAUGCCGAACCAUCAUUUGCUGAAGAGAGUGCUGUUUUCCAUGCCUAACUCAAGGUGGCGUAAACAGAGAGGUGGCCAACCCUUGACCUACCAGAGGAGUAUGAAGGAGAUCACGAAACGCUUGGGUGCUUGGAAAGCCAAGAUUCGAUAUGUGCUGAAAAACAAUAUCAGCUAUAAACCGUGUGCCAUAUGCACAUUGGUUGCAGCUGCUACACUUUCGAUCACCGGGAAACGGGAACCUGGAACAUACAACCAAACCUUGGAUGCGAAGGCAUGCUCAGUUUGUUCGGAAAUUGGGUAG